CUCUAGUCAUGAAUCCUCCCUGUGCUCGGUGUAGUAAGACGGUGUAUCCCGUCGAGAAACUCAACUGUCUUGACAAGUACUGGCACAAGGGUUGCUUUAAGUGUGAGACUUGUAGUUUAACACUCUCCCUAAAGACUUACAAGGGUUACAACAAACUACCUUACUGCAAUGUCCACUACCCGGUGACACACUUUACAGCAGUAGCUGAUACACCCGAGAAUCGACGACUAAAGAAACAAACCGACAACCUUAGUCUGAUUAAUUACCACAAAGAUUACAAUCAAAGUGUGAAAGGAACGAAGAUGAGCGUGGCUGAUGAUCCAGAGAGUCUGCGCGCCAAGAAGUCCCAGAACCAACUCUCCUCGCUCAAGUACCACGGCAAGGACCGCACUAACCCUGCUAGUACUCCCCUCAAUAGACCUGCUUUCUCUUCUCCUGGAUACGUUAUAACUCAUAACGGAGAGUAUACAGAAGUAGAUGACGAUGAUAAGCCGAAGUCCGUGUCCUCCGAACCAGAGGAGGCCCCCCGCUCCGCCAGCCCUGAUGUGCUUGUCUCCAAUGAGUUGGAGGCCCCUGCCGAGGUUCUAGCUCCUCCAGAGCCUGUGCCUGAACCUGAACCUGAACCAGUGUUGCCUGAGGCCCCACCUGCUGAGGAGGCCAAACCUAACAAGGUCGACAGUGACGAAGAGGCAGUAGUAGAGCCCCCAGCCCCUGAAGAAGAAGCCGCGCCCCCUGCUGCUGAAGAAGCACCCCCUGCUCCUGAAGAGGAAGUGGCUGCUGAACCCCCUGCUCCCGUCGAAACAGCCCCUCAGUUUGUUGCCGUGUAUGAGUACGACGCUGCCGAUGAGGACGAGGUCACGAUCAAGGAGGGAGAUAUUAUUAUCAAUGCGGAAAUUGUUGCGGAAGGUUGGAUGGUCGGAACAAAUUCUCGAACGGGACAUACUGGCAUGAUGCCAAGCAACUACGUUGAACCCCAAUCUUGAAUUUUUAUGACUUGUGCAUAAUUAAGUGAAUUUUGAAAAUUUGUUUUUAAAAUUUUUGCUACAAAAUGUCUCCUUGAAAUUAAAUGUUUCGCAAAUCACGUUUUUAUGACAACCGUAGAUUUAUCAUUUUUACUCUCGAUUAAAAUUAUAUUUUUCAAUAUUGUACAUAUCAUACGCAUGGAUGAUUUAUUGAUAUAGGGAAAUUGCGCUUUGAGGCUGUUUUUAUGCUGGUUAAGCCAUGUACCAAACAUUUUCAUCGUCAUUUUAUUUUCAUUUACGAUUGAGUCAUUUUAGAGCGUAAUCGCAAAAAUUGCUCCUUCAGUCACAUCGAAUUGAAUUAUUUUGAAACUUUCAAAAGAUGUUAUGUUGAUUUUUAAAAUGUUCGUGCUUAAGCAUUAAGCUUUAUUUUAUUUGAUUUUACGUGGCUAUGGAUGGAAACUCUUUUUAUUAAAUUAUUAGGCUUGACCGCUUUUGAGUCGUUUAACUCUAGAUAAAUAUAUUUUGAGUCUAAUUUUGAGUCUAAUGCCAAGGCUGAUGAAAAUCUAUUGAUAUUCUCAAAGUUUAUUAACCAAA